AUGGUAGCAUCAGCAGAAUGGAGGAUAUCAGCAGAAUGGAGGAUAAAUAGGCAUUGCAGGUCUGAAUUGGGUGUGAUGAUCACUGAAAUAAUUCAGACUACAGAGUUUUGGCUUAAUGGGAGGGAUGUAUAUUCAAUUUUAGAGCCUCUUAUUAUAGUUCUUCGCUUGGUUGAUGGUGAUGGAGCUACAAAUCCUUUUUUGUAUGAGGCAAUGGAAAGGGCAAGAAAUACUAUUAUACACCGUUGCAAUAACAACCCAGCAAAGUAUGAGAGGUUGUUGCAAUUGUUUGAUAGUAGAAAAGAGGCAAAUAUAUUACAUCCUGUGCAAGUUGCUGCUGCUUUUCUUAAUCCUUGUCUAAUGUAUGAGGGAAAAAUUUCAUACAACCAGAAUGAUGUGCAAAGGGCAAUGAUCUAUAUCACAAAGAGCAUGGUUCCUCCGAAUGAGAAGAAACAAUUUGGCAAAGAAAUAAAUGUUUAUUUGGACAAAGAAGAAAUGCUACUUCAUGACCUCUCAUUGGCAAUGAUUGAUUGUCAUCCACGUGUAUGGUGGAAUUUGCAUGGAAAUUAUGUUCCAAUGCUUCAAAAAAUUGCCAUUCAAAUUACAAGUCAACCUUGUAGUUCAUCAUCAUGUGAAAGACAUUGGAGUGCUUUUGAAGCAGUGCAAACCAAGAAAAGAAAUAAACUCUCUCCUCAAAUGUUGGAAGAUUUGGUAUAUGUAAAGAUGCAUUCCCUUAUGAAAGUCAAAUCAAGGGAAAUUGAAAAGUUUAGCAAGGAAUCAAUAAAUUUAGAUAAACUGCUUGAGAUUCCAAUGGAUGAAGAUGAAAAUGGAGCUGAAGUUGAAGAUGAGGAGGAUGAAAGAAUGGAAGAUGAUGCAUAUUGGCUUCAUAGAGAACUUGGGAUUGGAGAAUAUGCACGAGACAAUGAUAGUAUUCAAACUUCAACAUAUCGUGGCACUCUAAGUCAGCUGCGCAAUAUCUCACAGACUCCUUUCACACAUGGUUCAACUUCUGAGACACAAGAACCAUUAGAUAUCAAUGAUUGA